ACUUGACGUCGCAGCGAUUUCAUCAUUCUCGUCUUCAAGGGUUCCUGGCUGUCCAUGCUUGUUCUUCUCCGGGGGGCUGCUGCAUCGGCACCGCUGAGGAUCAUCCCCGACAUUCCCUCGCUCUGCUCGGUGCUGCGGGUCCGGUCUGUUCGGUUAGAUCGCCUCCGGAACCGGCCCUUUUCCACGUCGGCUCGCCUUUCCAACAGGAACAAGAAAAAGAACCUGUGGCAGGAGCAGCAGCAGCGGCUGGAAGAAGGACGAACAACCAUGGACGGCGACAUGGAGCAAAUCCUCGCCCCUUUGAGGCUCGCGGUCAAGGAACAGGGGGAUCUCGUUCGCCAAAUGAAGCAGGACGGCGCUCCCGACGUGGACGUGACCAAAGCGGUGGCCGAACUGAAAGCGAGGAAGCGGAAUUUAGAGGCCAAGGAGCUGGCGUUGCAACCCAAAGAUGACAUUGUGGACAGGACCAAGAUGGAGGACACCCUGAAGAGGCGUUUCUUCUACGACCAGGCCUUCGCCAUCUACGGCGGUGUGAGCGGCCUGUACGACUUUGGGCCGGUGGGCUGCGCCCUGAAGAACAACAUCUUGCAGGCGUGGAGGCAGCACUUCAUCCAGGAGGAGCAGAUCCUGGAGAUCGACUGCACCAUGCUCACCCCCGAGCCCGUCCUCAAGACAUCGGGACAUGUUGACAAGUUUGCUGACUACAUGGUGAAAGAUGUCAAGAAUGGCGAGUGCUUCAGGGCAGACCAUCGCCUCAAGGCGCAUCUGCAGAAGAUGAUGGCCGACAAGAAGUGUACUGCAGAGAAGAAGGCUGAGAUGGAGGACGUCAUCACGCAGAUGGACAACUACACGCAGCAAGAGUUGAGCGACCUUUUCGUCACGUACAGCGUCAAGUCUCCCACCACGGGAAAUGACCUCACGGCGCCCAUCGCCUUCAACCUCAUGUUCCAGACCUCCAUCGGACCAGGGGGGAACAUGCCAGGCUAUCUGAGGCCUGAAACGGCUCAGGGAAUCUUCCUCAACUUCAAGCGACUGCUGGAGUUCAACCAGGGAAAGCUCCCCUUUGCUGCCGCUCAGAUCGGAAACUCCUUCAGGAAUGAGAUCUCGCCUCGCUCCGGACUCAUCCGUGUCAGAGAGUUCACCAUGGCCGAGAUCGAGCACUUUGUGGACCCCGGCGAGAAGGUGCACCCCAAGUUCUCCAACGUGGCCGACCUGGACAUCCUGCUGUACUCCUCCGGGGCUCAGACCAGCGGCCAGUCGGCGCACGCCAUGAGGCUCGGGGAUGCCGUGGAGCAGGGGGUGAUCAAUAAUUCGGUUCUGGGCUAUUUCAUCGGAAGGAUCUACCUCUAUCUCACCAAAGUGGGAAUAGCCAAAGACAAGCUCCGCUUCCGCCAGCACAUGGACAACGAGAUGGCCCACUACGCCUGCGACUGCUGGGACGCCGAAACCAAAACCUCCUACGGUUGGAUCGAGAUCGUGGGCUGCGCCGACCGCUCCUGCUUCGACCUGAAGUGCCACGCCCAAGCCACCAAGGUGCCCCUGGUGGCCGAGAAGCCGCUGAAAGAACCCAAAGUGGUGAACGUGGUCCACUUGGAGCCCAACAAAGGCGCCAUCGGCAAGGCCUACAAGAAGGACGCCAAGAUCAUCAUCGAGUACCUGGCGGCGUGCGACGAAUGCCGCGUGGCCGAGAAGGAGCGGCUCCUCGACCGCAGCGGAGAGUUUGCCGUCGAGCUGGAGGGAAAGACUUUCAAACUGACCAAAGACAUGGUGGCCGUCAAGCGAUUCCAGAAGACGCUACACGUGGAGGAAGUGGUGCCCAACGUCAUUGAGCCGUCAUUUGGGAUCGGCAGGAUCAUGUACAGCAUCUUUGAGCACACCUUCCGCGUCAGGGAGGGCGACGAGCAAAGGACGUUCUUCAGUUUCCCAGCAACAGUUGCGCCAUACAAGUGCUCUAUUCUGCCUCUGAGUCAAAACCAGGAAUUUGUGCCCUUCGUUAAAGAGCUCUCCGAGGCCAUGACUCGAAACGGCGUUUCCCACAAGGUGGACGACUCCGCAGGGUCCAUCGGGAGGCGCUACGCCCGGACGGACGAAGUCGGCGUGGCGUUCGGCAUCACCGUCGACUUUGACACCGUCAACAAGACGCCGCACACCGCCACCCUGAGGGACCGAGACUCUAUGAGGCAGAUCCGAGCCGAGGUGAGCGAGCUGCCAGUGAUCAUUCGGGAUUUGGCCAACGGGUCUCUGACCUGGGCGGAAGUGGAGAGCAAGUAUCCCGCCUUUGAAGGACAGGAGACCAGCAAGAGGGACGCGGCCGAGGAGUGAAGUCCUCCUUUCUCUCUUCCGCCUGCAGGGGGUGGGGGGAAUCAAUCAAUCAAUCAAUCAAUACAGUUCAUAGACUUUUGUUGCAUUCGCAUCAUCAAAAGAACAGCACGAUGAUCACGUCCACAAGGAGGCGCUGCAUUUCAACAAUGUAUGUUUUUCAAAAGGGAGAAACUGGCAGCGGAAGGAGGCGUACCACUUUUCAGAUACUGAACGCUCUCAAUAAAAACCGCCAGCACUUACUGGACACGGCAUCCCA